UAGGGUUUCCCCCCAACUCCAUCUCUUUUGAUCAGUUCUCUCCAGUUUUCAAAUCCUCUUUCUUCCAUGAAUCGACGAGGCGAAACUUCUGCUCCAACCGUCAAUGGAAGUAAAACUACAAGGAUUAGGUCAAAUGAGACUCAGACUGCUGCUGAACCAACCGCCGAUUGUUCUGGACAAGAAGAACUCAACGAACGGAGAGCACUUCGAUCUCGAUACCUUCACGUUAAAGCUCUAAUAAGUGAUAAGAGAGAUGACAUUUCGAAUGUUGAUUCUGACAAUUUCGAUUCAAUCAUUAACGAGGUUGAAAACUUGCAUAAAAGAGUGAGAAAACCUAGGGAACAAGUUGCUGAUGCUGAGGCCCUUUUAGAUAUUGCAAAUACCUUAGUGUCCUCUGUUAGGGCGCAGAGUAAUGAAGGAAUAACCCCAUCAGAUUUUGUGAACUCUCUGCUAAGGAAUUUUGAGCAAUCAAAUGGGGAGGGUACGAGUGCAGAUGCAGGGAGGAGCUCAAUCGCAUGGAAAAAUAUUGCCAGUGGAGUUGCUCAUAUUUUCAGGAAGGCUCCUGAAUGCUGCACAAUGCUUGGACCAAUGACUAACGAAUUGAAGCUAAGGAAGCCCAUUGUUCAGAAAAAACGCGUGCGACCAACUGAAAGUGCUCGACCUGAGGAGCUCAAUGCAGCGAAUAAAGAAGAGAGAACAGGCACUGAUAUGAAUAUGGCUACCAUGUUUAAUAUUUUAAGGAAGAAUAAGAAGGCAGGGCUUGAAAAUCUAGUAUUGAACCGAAACUCCUUUGCACAGACUGUGGAGAAUAUAUUUGCCUUGUCUUUCUUGGUUAAAGAUGGACGUGCAGAAAUUGUUGUCAAUGAGGGAGGGAAGCAUAUAGUUUCACCAAGAAAUGCUCCAGCUGCCAAUGCAGUUACAUCCAAGGAAGUUUCUUAUUUUCACUUUGUUUUCAGAUAUGACUUCAGGGAUUGGAAGUUGAUGGUGGAAUCUGUGGGUGUUGGUGAUGAGCUGAUGCCACAUAGGAAUCCAAACGACACUGACAUAGAUUGUGGUGUGUGGAGAGAAACAGAAAAUUCAAUGCCGGGGCAGACAACUCCAAUCAGAAAACUGUCACGGAAUCGAGGGCUGGUCUUGCAAGAACAGAGUGUAGUUGCAGAGUCGCCUGAAAGUGACGAUAAUGCGGAGAGAGCUGUUGCCAUUCGCAGGGGGAAACGUAAAAUUGGAUGAGAUAUUUAGUAAGGAGAGGUAAUUUUGGUGGUUGAAUUCAGGUAAUUAGGUUGGGGUUUUGGUAUUAUGUUAGUAUUCUGCUAGCUAGCUUACAUUUUGAAAUUGAGCAAAAGUUUAGGUUGAUGCAUAACUCUAACUAAUGUCCUUCAAUUUGACUGUCAAUGUAAAUUGCUUGUGCAGCUCAAAGUAUAUACUCCUCAUCUAUUGCAUUUUAUACCCUAUUGUUAUUAUUUUC